GUCUGCUAUAUCCGUGCCCACAAUGAGCACCCCUGGAACACCCUCGCGGACUUCAUUGCCCGCAAUGUGAUGCAGGGCAACAUCAACCGUGAUCGCGCGGCCUACCCUGUGCGGUUUACCGCUGAUGCGGAAGACCUGCUACCUCAUGGCCCGCAGGACUUUAAAGUAAGACAUCAGAUCAUGGGCGUCCCCAUUCCCGACUCCGGGCCCCACAUAGACGAAAGAAUCAAGGUCAAGGCCUCUUUUGCUUUCUCGGUUAUUCAGUACAAUGUAAAAAGCAUCUCGGUGGAGAAAAAG